AUGUCUCAGAUCGUGACAAAAGCAUGUGAUAUUUUGGAUUGCUACGAAGGUCGAGACGCGGCGAUCACAUUUACACUUUAUUUUUGUUGUCUACUUAGUGGAUUUUAUCCGAAUAAAAGUAAAUUACACAAAAGUUUACAGCGCAUCUAUAAACGACUCGAUGAUUGUCGUGUCGUUUUACGUCUAUACGAUGAUAUUUCGAUCAUACGAGAUAUGUUCACCUAUGAAUUGAGACCAUGGGAAAAAAAUUUUCUUGUUCGUUUUUUAAAAUGUAUUCAUUAUAUAUCUUGGCUUUGCUAUUAUCCAAGUGAACACAUAGCAUGGCUAGGCGAAGUAAAAAUGUUAAAUGUUGAUGUAAAUCUAUGGCUAUUCUAUACAAACUUCUUUUGGACAUCGGCACUUUUCACAUCGGCAGUAUGGAAUGCUUAUAUUGUUCUUCAAUAUUAUACACAACAAAGACUUGAUAAAGAAAAGAAAGAAGAAAAAAAAUUCACCGUUGGUUUUUCUAGAAAAAAGAAUUUCAUACCUUGGACAGCAGCCAGAAAAGCUGUAUUAGCAACAAUUCGUGAUGGGAGUGAAUUUAUGGUUGCAGUUCAUUAUUUACCAAGAGGCUAUUUGUGGGCAAAUAGUCUUACUUAUGUACAAGUUGGCGUAUUUGGCAUAUGUUCCGCCUCUAUAAGACUAUAUGCUUUAUCAAAAUUUCAUAAAUAG